AUGACUGCUUCACAAUCCAACGAGGAUUCCAAUUUCGCACUAAACAGUGAGAAGCAUGGCGAGUCCUUACAAGCAGAUGGGACACCAGUCGAGUCCUCCAAGAAAGACGAGUAUCCCCGUGGGGUGAGUUUGAUUAUGAUCGUGGCCACGUUGGUCUUAUCGAUGUUCAUGGUGGCCUUGGAUAUGACUAUUGUUGCGACAGCCAUUCCUCGCAUCACAGAUGAAUUCGGAAGUCUGGACCAGGUAGGCUGGUACGGAUCGGCCUUUUUCCUGACGCUGGCGACGUUCCAGUCGACUUGGGGAAAGCUCUACAAAUACAGCGAUUUGAAGAUUGCGUUUCUUGCUUCAGGGGUCAUCUUUGAAAUUGGCAGCUUGAUAUGCGGUGUCGCGCCCAACAGUGAAGCGCUCAUUAUUGGCCGUGCGAUUGCAGGAUGGGGAGCCGCUGGAAUGGUAGGAGGAUGCUACACAAUCAUCGCCUUCAUUGCACCGCCCACCAAAGCCCCCGCAUAUACUGGGCUAAUUGGUACGUCGUAUGGGACAGCCAGCGUUAUUGGGCCGUUGCUUGGUGGUGCCUUUACCGAUGGGCCAAGCUGGCGAUGGUGCUUCUAUAUCAACCUCCCCAUUGGAGGCGUCGCCUUGGGGAUCAUCACCCUCUUCUUCCGUCCUCCUGCGCACGCCAAACCCGUCCAAGCGCCAUGGAAGGAGAGGUUACUCCACCUGGAUCUCCCAGGAGCCACCCUGCUCAUCGGGGGUUUGGUUUGUUUCCUGCUGGACAUGCAAUGGGGCGGGACCACGAAAGCCUGGAACACUCCCCACGUGGUGGGCACGUUGGUGGGAUGGUGCCUAUUGACCAUCGCAUUUGUCGUGGUCCAGUGGUUGCAGGGUGAAAAGGCAUCCCUGGUGCCUCGUAUUAUCAAAGGCCGGAUUGUGGCAGGAGUCUCGAUGUUUGUUUUCUUUCAAUCCGGGGCGAAUUUCCUUUUCACCUACUACAUCCCCGUAUACUUCCAAGCCAUUAUGGGGAUGAGUGCAGCCAGAAGCGGCAUUGUCAACCUACCCUUCAUCGUUUUAUCUUCGGCUUUUGCUGCCAUCGCGGGCAUCGCCAUCACUCGCGUGGGAUACUUCACGGCGUUCUUGGCUUUUGGCAGCGCUAUCUUCGCCGUCGGUGCAGGUCUUAUCUACACCUUGGAUAUCGGCAGCCCAUCGUCCAAAUAUCUGGGAUAUCAGGUUAUUCUGGGUCUAGGACAAGGCCUUGCCAUCCAAAUCCCUGUCAUCACCGGGCAAGCAUUUUCAGAAUCUACAGAUGUAGCCGCAGUGACGGCUAUUGUUCUCUUCUUCCAAAUGAUGGGCGGAACAGUCUGUGUCUCCAGCGCGCAAUCUGUCUUUGCCAAUCGACUCCUGGCCGCGUUAUCCACGCACGCGCCCAGUGUCAGACCCGAGGAAGUUCUAGCGAUUGGUGCGCCAGAGCUGAAGAGCCAUUUCCCAGCAGAUAUCCUUCCGGGAAUUCUAGAGUCGUACAUGGUCGGCUUGAAAGCAGCCUUCGCCCUGGGGACGGCGCUGGCAGGGUGUGCAUUUCUCUGUGCCUGGGUGGCUCCUAUUAAAAGUAUCAGACACAGGGCCGUGGCCAAUACCGCUGUAUAG